AAUCCUCAACCCAUCCCUUCUCUUCCAUCCCCUCGCGUUUUCUUUUGCCUUUCUUUCCUCAACCUUUCAUCUUUCAUCUUUCUUUCAUCCAUAACACGACGUAAAGGAAGUCAGGAUGGCGCUUAGCUUCAUAGGGAAGCCGAUCUCGCUCAUCUCGCACUCGGACGUGCGGUACAGGGGCAUAUUGGCGGGCAUUGACCCCGCCGCGUCGACCAUCCAACUUUCUAAUGUGUUCUCGAUGGGUACGGAGACGCGCAAGCCCCCUGCAGAAUACAUCCCACCCGUGCAGGAGCCGUACCAGUACAUCAUCUUCCGCGCUUCCGAGGUGAAGGAUCUCGCAGUCGACGAGCCAGUCCCCCCGCCUCAGCCACACCGGAGCGUCCACGAUGACCCUGCCGUUCUCGGAGCAUCUGCACCAGCACCCGCUCCUUAUGGUGCCUAUCCACCUGGAUUUCAACCUCCCGCCCCCGCCCAGCAGCCUCCGCAACCCCCUCCACCACAGCAAUACGCUCAAGCCGCCGCUGCUGCCGCCGGGCGACCGGGACCAGGCCCCGGCCCUGCCCCUGAUGCCCAACCUCGCCGCGGUGGACCCAACAACACCGGAUCCAUCCACACCGCUGCCGCCUCGCUCGAGACUGUCGAGCGCGCGCUGGGCGAUCUGCGGGUGCAGAAUGGUGGCGGCGGAGGUGCCCCUCGCGGCGGUGGCCGUGGUGGACGGCGUGGGCAUGGCAGUGGAGGCGCGCACGAGAAGACGGAGAUCCGCGUGCCAACGACGGACUUCGACUUCCAGGGCUCGAAUGCGCGGUUCGACAAGGCUGCGCUCGGGCCGAAGAAGUCGCCCGUUGCUGAUGAGGAAAGGGCCCCCGACGACAAGCCCGCCGAGGUCGUGGAUAGCAACGACGCCGUAGGCAAGGCGGACGGCGCGAAGAAGGACGAUGGCGCGUAUAAUCCUACGAGGAGCUUCUUUGAUAGCUUGAGUUCGUCUACCCAGGGUCCGGAUGGGCCCCCAGGCGGUGGCGGACGCGGAGGGCGCCGAGGUGGGGGACGCAACCGGCGUGAAGAGGAGAGGGAACGCAACGUUGCCACAUUUGGUGAGCCGGGUGGUGUUGGGCUCAUGGGCCCUGGCGCGUAUGUUGGCGGGUGGGGUGGACAUGGACGCCGUGGUGGACGCGGGCCCAGGCGAGGAGGUGCCGCUGUGGCUGGGCGGUAGGCGGUUUUAUUUUUGAAACUAUGUCUCGCAGGUGUCAGUCGCUACUUUGAUGUGUUGGCUGUGCGUAUGGGCGUGUCUCUGUUUUACCACUAGCUUUGAGGGCGUGUACCAUGGUCAUGUGUUCGAUAAUGGUAUACAGUUGAUCUGGUUAUACUCC